UGCGUUCUCCAAGAAUCUGGGGAGCAUUUGUUUACUGGUGCUACAGCCCAGCAGCAGAAAUGAUAAUAAGCCCCCAUUCUUUGCUUGAGCUGCGAAUUUUAAGACCAGUCACCUGGAUGCUGACAGCUUGCAUUGUACCAACAUCUAUUAUUCUUCUUUUACUGAACCCAUCAGAUCUAGUAUCUGUUGUGAAAGCAGAAGAUGCAGAAAUUCGACUAGUAAAUGGGAAGAACCGCUGUCAAGGCCGAGUUGAAAUUUUACACAAUGGAACUUGGGGGACAGUAUGUGACGAUGACUGGGACAUUGUAGAUGCUAAUGUGAUCUGCCGGCAGUUGGGCUGUGGCCAUGCGAUUGCUAUUCCUCUCAGGAUCUCUUUUGGUCAGGGCACAGGGCCAAUUCAUUUAGACAAUGUUGACUGCAAAGGAAGAGAGACAGCAUUGAGCCAAUGCAGGAGUCUUGGAUGGGGGAUACAUAACUGCUACCACUAUGAAGAUGUUGCUGUCACCUGUAAUGAGUUCUUACCAACACCAGCGAGCAAAGGGCACUCAACAAAAGCUGCCUCUACCUCCCUUCAGAAUGGCCAAAGAGAUGGCAGCAUCAGAUUAGUCAACGGUGCUGAUUCCUGCCAAGGAAGGGUUGAGAUACUCUACAAAGGAAACUGGGGUACAGUAUGUGAUGAUGACUGGGGCCUAAACGAUGCCAGUGUUGUUUGCCGACAGGUUGGCUGUGGUCAAGCUAUGGAUUACAAAAGUAAUGCUUACUUUGGCUAUGGCACAGGAUUAAUAUUACUGGAUAAUGUCAACUGCGACGGGUCAGAGCCAUACCUUUCUACCUGUUACAGUCUCGGCUGGGGAAUCCACAACUGUGGGCAUCAUGAAGAUGCCGGCAUCAUUUGUUCUGGUGUCAGGAUGAUGACAACAGCAGCCAACAGCACAGCAGCCACUGGCAACACUGCAGAGUUUCUUACUGACACAGGGACAGCUACAUGGGGUGCAGAUCAGCCUUCUCCCGAGACACAUUUCCUCACAACUUCUAUUCUCCAGUCUGGUAUAAAAAGUGGCAGCAUUAGGCUAGUAAACGGAAACAGCAGUUGCCAAGGCAGAGUGGAAGUUCUCUAUGAAGAUACCUGGGGGACUGUGUGUGAUGAUGACUGGGAUUACAACAAUGCGCAGGUGGUUUGCAAACAGAUGGGCUGCGGCCCAGCCAUUGUGGCCACCACUUUGAGUUACUUCGGCUAUGGUAGUGGUCCCAUCCUCCUUGACAAUGUGGACUGUGUUGGUACAGAAAAACACCUAACAGAUUGCUUCAACCUAGGCUGGGGUCAGCACAACUGUGGCCAUCAUGAGGAUGCAGGGGUAAUCUGCCAAGGUGUGAAGGAGUCUGAAUGGCUUUCUAAAGCAAGUGGUUUUGAAGUAACAACUGAAUCGCCAACACCUCCAAAAGAUGGUUCUCUUCGCCUGGUGAAUGGCAGCCAUAGAUGUGAAGGCCGUUUGGAGAUCUUUUUCCUGUUGCAGUGGGGAACAGUGUGUGAUGAUGCAUGGGAUCUAAAAGCAGCAAAGGUGGUGUGCCGAUCCUUAGGCUGUGGACCUGCUGUAAAAGCCAGAGGAGAUGCAUGGUACGGACGUGGCAGUGGGUACAUCUUUUUUGACAAUGUGAAAUGUCAGGGCAAUGAAAGCUCCCUCCUUCAGUGCUCUUACAUACGCUGGAAUGUCCACAACUGUGACCACUCUGAGGAUGCCGGUGUGUUGUGUGGAGUUUAGUGAUCGGUUACUUCCAGAACAAAUCAUGAAAAUAUGUAAAUGAACAAGUUUUGUAUUUAAUUUUGUAUCUUCCUUUGUUUCAGAUCAAUUUGCACUUUAUUUACCCAUUAAAUGUAUCAGU